ACAUGAGCGGAGCUUCGGUCCUUUUAAAUACAAAUCCGGAUUCAGAGUGUAAAAGAAAAGUUCGCUAUUCAAGUUUAGAUUGAAAAAAAAAAAAAAAAAAGAACUGGAUUUUUUAGUUUUUCUCGUUUUCGCUCGCGGAAGGAAUAUUGCAAAUUUGUUUUUAUUUUGAAAGCUGUUUUCAAGGCAUCUGGCAACAAGUAGCACUCUUCACCUUGUAAAGCACAGACGAUAUUUUGAAGUUCUCCAGAGAUAAUUUUGAUUGAUACAUGUUUACGGGGUUUUAAGUCAAUAGUUUAGAAUCGUUAAAGUUUCUACAAAGCAAAAUGCGUUUUAGAAAAAUUCAGCUACCAGUGUUGAUAGCAUGUUACCUGUCAGCCUUUGCAUCUUCCGCAUCCGCGGCACCAUCGGGCAAAACGUCCCAACUGACAGAUCCCGAGCAAAUCGAGGAGUCGGCCAACACCAUGUUCCGCGAAUACUGGCAGAUAGUGCUCAACGAUAGCCCCGAGAGCGCGACCAUGCUGGGGGACCACCGCUACGCCGAUCGACUCGACAGCUACAGCCUCAAGUGCUAUGAAAAGAGAAAGGUAGUUUUGAGUGAAUUUCUAGAGCGUGCUAAUCAAAUGCUGCCACUCGCUAAUGAAGGGAGCGAUACGCACAACAAUCUUGAACUUUUUGUGAUAAACUUAAGGAACAAGCUGGAUUACCUCAUGAGUGGAUACUACCUUUUUCCACUGUCAAUGAUGCAAACACCAGCAAUGAAUCUGCAAUACCUUCUGAAGUAUGUGAAGCUGAAUGAGACCGAGGACUAUAGAAAUCUCAUUUCGAGAUACUUGGCUGUUCCAGCGCAAAUCGACGAGCUAAUUGAAUUGAUGAGAGAAGGCAUACGAACCAAUUUUACUUUGAAUGAACAUUCUAUGGUAUACAACUUUAUGAAUGCGAACGACAGCUUGGAAGAUACGCCUUUCUAUAAACCGUUUUCCAAUAUUUCUAACUUUGUUCCAGAUGAAGAAAAAGCUGUUCUUCAGGUAAACGCAAGCGAUGCCAUCAGUAAUUGCAUCAUGCCUGCAUUUGAGAAGUUAUCCGACUUUUUGAAAAAUGAAUACAAGCAGCACUUGAGGCCCGGUGUGGGUGUGGACCAGUUGCCAAAUGGGCCCGAAUUCUAUCGACAACAACUGGCCCACCACCUCACAGACUCCACGAUUACUCCAGAGCAAGUUCAUGCGAUGGGAAUUUCCGAAGUGGAAAGGAUAUCGGAAGAAAUGGAUCAAGUCAUAUCCUCCUUGGGCCUCAACAUGACGAGACAAGAAUUUAGUGAGCAGUUGAGAAACGAUCAGUCGAAUUUCUUUAAAUCAGAGGAAGAAGUAUUGGAAACAUAUAGAAGUAUGAUAGAGGAUGAAAUUGAACCCAAACUCUCACUAAUCUUUAAAACGGUCCCACAAAAGAUAUUAACGGUAGACAAAAUGACAGCAGAUAUGGCAACUGGACCGCGGGCCUAUUAUUUGCGUGCAUCCCCUGACGGAUCGACUCCAGCGACCUUCUAUAUUGAUGCAUCAUCUUUGAAUAACCUCCCGAAAUAUGAAGUCGUAACACUGUCAUUGCAUGAGGGUGUACCAGGUCAUCACUUCCAGAUCUCUUACGCAAUGGAAAGAAGUGAUGUUCCCGACUUUCGAAGACAUGACAUCGAAGGCAAUGCUUUUAUUGAAGGCUGGGCUUUAUACGCAGAAUAUUUAGGCAAAGAAAUGGGUCUCUACAGUGAUCCAAAAAUGUGGUACGGGCACCUUUCGGAGGAGAUUUUCCGGGCUUGCAGAAUGGUAGUGGAUACAGGAAUACACGUGUUAGGGUGGAGUCGCCAACAAGCUAUCGAUUACAUGAUGAACAAUAGUGCAAGUACCCUGAACAACAUCGAAAGAGAGGUGGACAGGUACAUCACGUGGCCGGGGCAAGCUUGUGCCUACAAAUUCGGCGAAAUGAAAAUAAAAGAGCUUAGAUUUAAAGCACAGAAUGAAUUAGGGACAAAGUUCGACGUAAAAGAAUUCCACGACGUCGUAUUGAAAAACAACGGGCCACUAGAACUACUGGAGAAACAAGUCAAUCGUUACAUCGCUGCAGCUAAAAUAUCCACAAUCAAGAGCUAUUAAAAGAGUCGAAAUCUCUUGGUAAGUUUGAAUUAUUUCUUUUCA